AUGCCAUUGGACGAACCCGACAAGCCACAUUCAGCUGCAACACCUGAGGCUUCCACAUCUUUCUCUUCUUCGCGAUCAAUACCGUCGCCGAUCAACAGCCAGCAUCAUUCGCCAGAUCGACGCAAUGGCUCCAUCUCUGAUAAUCAGACCGCCGUCGCAACACCAAUGAACAUCUCAGAGGCACCCACGCGCAACAACUCGCUCGAUUUUUCCAUGGCGCAUAACAGACUUGAAGAGUUGCAUGACCAAGUCGACAAAGGUGACCCGACCGCCAUUGCCGAAUAUGAGAAGCUCGCUCAUCUUCACCAGCUGCCCCCGCACGGGCAUGCCAAGUUUCAUCAGCAUCGCCAUCAUCUCCACAAGUUUGACAAGGCUCACCAGACCGAUCAAGACAGUGUCGCACAGGACAGCACCGCACUGGAAGAAGGGCUGGUCUCAAAAUCCGACAGAACAGUGGAGAAGCAGGAGGACGAUCAGGAGACACUACCCUCGGUAAUGUUGACGGAGGACGAGGAUCCGACCCACUGGAGCAUCCGUCGAAAGUGGACUGUCACAGCCCUUGUCUCGUGUCUCUACUUCAAUUCCACCAUCACCUCGUCGGUUGGAACGGGUGCCACUGCUCAAUACAUCGCGCAGUUCGGCAUCUCUCAAGAGGUGGCAGCAUUGGUCCUUUCCAUCUACAUGGUCGGUUUCUGUAUAGGCCCACCGCUUUGGGCUCCGCUUUCUGAGCUUUACGGUCGCCGUAUCGUCAACUACAUUUCUGUUCCAGGCUACUUCUUCUUCAACAUUGGAUGCGCUCUCGCACCCAACAUCCAGACUUUGCUUGUCUGCCGUUUUUUGGUUGGUCUCUUUGCCGCUGCGCCACAAUCCAAUUCUGGCGGAACGAUCUCUGAUAUUUGGCUGCCAAAAGUUCGACUUUGGCCCAUGUUCACCUACUCCUUGUCCGCCUUCAUGGGUCCGACACUCGGUCCGUUGGUCGGAGGCUUUCUUGCGGGUGACGAUGUCGAAUCAGAGCGAUGGAGGUGGAUCUACUGGAUGCUUUGCCUUCUUUCAGCGGUCUCGAUGGCGCUCGUUGUAGCCAUACAGUCGGAAUCUUACGCUCCGGUGCUCCUCAAUCGAAAAGCGCGUCGCCUUCGUGCCGAAACCGGUCGCAACGACAUCUUGGCACCAGGAGAGACACUGAAGGAAGAUGGAACGUUGGCGCCUAUCUCGUGGUCAGAACUCAUUCGUGUACACGUGGGACGACCCUUCCACAUGCUGUUCACCGAGGCUCCUUUGAUGUACGCCACUCUGUGGACCUCUUUCUGCUACGCCAUCAUCUUUCUCUUCUUCGAGGCAUACCCCGUGGUGUUUUCGGGUACCUACGGCUUCAAUGCGGGCGAAGUUGGUUUGGCUUUUUUAGCCAUCGGUCUAGGUAUUGGCCUUUCAGCUCCGAUCGUGGGCUGGUUCAACGGGCGCUCGAUCAAGGCUCGCAUCGCUGCCGGCGACAAACCCGUUCCUGAGUCGCGACUGCCUCAAGUCGCUCUCUCGGCUCCACUGUUUGCCAUCGGCUUCUUCUGGUUUGGCUGGACCGCUCGCGCAUCGAUUAACUGGAUUGUGCCAAUCCUUGCUGGCAUUCCUAUCGGUAUUUCACUCAUGCUCGCAUUCAAUUCUCUGGCGACGUAUGCUGCAGAGUGUUAUCACAUUUACACGGCAUCUGCGUUGGCAGCAAUGGCAUUCUCACGAUGUCUUUUUGCCAUCUUUGUACCGCUCUUCGGAAGACAAAUGUUCGACCAUUUGGGCACGGGAUGGGCUUCAAGCUUGCUGGGCUUUGUAUCGAUUGCCGCGAUUCCAGUGCCGUUCGUCUUUCUCAAAUAUGGAAUGGCGAUUCGACAGAGGAGCAAGAUGUGCAUCAAUGCUUGA